AUGGGUAUUUUUGGCCUUCUCGGGCUAGAUACUGGUGUUGUUAAUUUGAUUAGUUCACCUGUUGCUGAGGUUGUUGUGGCUAUUGUGGUUGCUAGGAUUGCUACUUUGGGGGUUGCUAGGGUUGCUGCUUUGGAGGUUGCUGAGGUUGCUGCUUUAAAGAUUGCUAGGGUUGCUGCUUUGGAGGUUGCUAGGGUUGCUGCAGUGGUGGUUAUAGGCCUCUUCAAUGCAUCUUGUAGACUUGGAA